AUGGCGACCUUAUACGUCCCCGAUAGCAAGCGUCGCAAGAAGGACCGCGAGGAGUUGGCGCUCAACGCCCCGUCCGGCCCCGAGAACCGCGUCAACAUCAUCGCGCAGCUCGAAGAUGCCGAGGGCAACCCCGCGGGCCCGCAGCUGGACCUGCCCCACGACGCGGACCCAAAGCAGCUCGAGGAGGUGCUCAACGCGCUCCUGCAGAACGAGGACAAGGUCCCGUUCGCGUUCUACGCGGCGGACGCGGAGAUCACCGGCACCCUGGGCGAGCACCUGCGGAAGCGCGACGCGAGCGUGGAGACCGUCCUGAAGAUCGUCUACCAACCCCAGGCGCUCUUCCGAGUUCGCCCCGUCACGCGCUGCUCCUCCGCCAUUCCCGGCCACGCCGAGGCGGUCCUCUCCGUCGCAUUCUCCCCAGACGGCAAACACCUCGCGUCCGGAAGCGGUGACACCACCGUGCGCUUGUGGAAUCACGAGACGGAGACCCCGCGGCACACCUGCUCCGGCCACGCCAACUGGGUCCUCUGCAUCGCGUGGUCCCCAGACGGCAAAUACGUCGCGAGCGGCGGCAUGGACAAGGACGUGCGGCUGUGGGACCCGGAGAGUGGGUCCGCAGUAGGCGGGCCCAUGCGGGGCCACAAGAAGCACGUCACCGCGUUGGCUUGGGAACCGGCUCACGUGCGAUACCCCCCGGUUCGGCUCGCGUCGGCCUCGGGCGACGGAACCGUUCGCGUGUGGAACGUCGUGCACAAAAACUGCGAGCUGGCGCUCACCGCGCACACCAACUCGGUGACCGCCGUGAAGUGGGGGGGCGAGGGGCUCAUCUACAGCGCGUCGCGGGACACGACGGUGAUGGUGUGGAACGCGGAGACGGGCGCGGUGGUGCGUCAGCUGAGGGGCCACGGGCACUGGGUGAACACCUUGGCGCUCUCGUCGGAGUACGUCGUUCGAACCGGGCCGUACGAUCACAAGGCGACAAAGCCCAAGGACGAUGUCGAGGCCAAGGCCAAGGCGCUGGAGCGGUACAAGGCGGCGACUGGGGGCAAGGGGGAGCGGAUCAUCAGCGGGUCGGACGACUUCACCAUGUUCAUGUGGACCCCGGGGACUUCGAAGCAGCCGCUGCAGCGAAUGACGGGGCACGUUCAGCUCAUAAACCACGUCCUGUUCUCCCCGGACGGGCGGUGGGUGGCGUCCGCGAGUUUCGACAAGGCUGUGAAGCUCUGGGACGGACACAACGGCACGUUCGUCGCCACCAUGCGGGGGCACGUCGGACCGGUGUAUCAGAUUGCCUGGUCGGCGGAUUCCCGGAUGGUGGUCAGCGGCAGCAAGGACUCCACGCUGAAGGUGUGGUCCGUUCGAACCAAGAAGCUGGAGUUGGACCUGCCGGGGCACGCGGACGAGGUGUUCGCGGUGGACUGGUCGCCCAUGGGGACAAAGGCGGCGAGCGGGGGAAAGGACAAGAUGCUUCGGCUCUGGCGUCACUAG